AUGGUUCAGUGUGGGUCGACACUUUUUGUGUUACUAACAGCCGUGUGGGCGCAGGUAAUUAUGGACGAUCCCCAGGAUACGGUCCCAGCGUCGCCGUCGACCACCUACGUGUGGGUCACCGUGACCACCGCGGGAGCUAUUGCUACGGUGAGAACACCCUAUUUCCAGGAGUUCCUUCCUGCCGCCUCGGCAGCAGCUUCAGUGGAACAAGGGUCGGUGGGGUUGGGUACGAUAGACGGCGACGUCGGUGUCACCCGCCAAUACUCGAUGUUAACGCUUAAUGGCCACGGCAACAACGUUGUCGGCCACCUCUCCCCGGGUCUUGGUCUAUUGGGGGUGGUGUUUGCUCUUGUCGCGUGA